AUGUUGACUUCGAACUAUAUACAGAGUGGUGUCGUUUGGAAUGAUACCGAUGGUCGAUCAAUUCAGGCCCAUGCUAGUGGUAUUCUUAUCGAUCCACAUGAUAAUUCCUAUUGGUGGUAUGGUGAAUCUUUGAAAACAGCAAAUCUAUCCGAUCAUGGAGUUAAUUGCUAUCAUUCAACGGAUUUGCUAACGUGGACAAAUAUGGAUCAAGUACUUCGGCAACAACAAGUAUCGAUCGAAGGUCAUCCUGGACCUUAUGUUAUUGAACGACCAAAAGUUCUUUGGAAUCCGCUCACUGAACGUUUUGUCAUGUGGUUUCAUCUAGAUAGUAAUGACUACACGUAUCGUUAUGUUGGUAUUGCCGUUUCAUCGGUUCCCAACGGUGUAUUUACAUUUCUUCAUUCAUUCCGACCCGAUGGUAUUCCAUCGUUGGAUAUGAAUCUCUACGAAGACAAACGCAAUGGUUCAGUCAAUGGUGCAUAUUUUGUUCGUUCAUGUAACAAUCAAUAUGUUGGUAUUAGUCGACUUACCGAUGAUUAUCUCAAUACAACGGGUUUAACUAGUACCAUUAAUGAACCCCGAGAAGGACAUGCGAUUUUUCAUCGUAAUAGUAACUAUUACAUGAUGACUAGUCAUUUGACGGGUUGGGCGCCUAAUGCAGCUGAGUUAUUCAUCAGCAAUGCAGAUAGUUUACAAAAUGCCAAUUGGAUUUCUUUGGGCAAUCCAACACAUUCCGAUACAACAUUCAAUAGUCAGUCGACUUUUGUUCUUUCGUUUCCGUCAACAAAACAACCAGGAACAGUAUUUUAUAUUUACAUGGGUGAUCGUUGGGAUUAUCCUAACUUAUUGAACGCUAGUUAUAUAUGGCUACCAUAUACAUUUCAUUCGGAUACGAAUGUUUCACUCGAAUGGCAAGAUCAAUGGAAGUUAUCGGAUUAUUAA